CCCAUGUGGACGGUCGUAGCAGCAGUGGUGGCCCCGAUCAGUCCGUGCUGUGAACGUGCUGCUGUCGCUGUCUCGUGCACAGGUUGCCUCACGGACGUCUCAAGUCUCUCCUCGGCGUGGUAUACAAAGACGAACGCUCGUUGCGUCCACGAUGGCAGACCUGGACGAUUUCUUCGCGAAGAAGGACCGCAAGAAGGCUAAAGGCAAGAAGUUCACGACGACUGACGAGGUCGCCAAGAAGCUCGAGGAAACGGGCAAGCGGCUGGAGAAGCCCAAGCUGAAGGAGAAACCAGCGAAUCCUGAGGGCGAAGAGUCCCAGCAAACGGAGGAUGAGGAUGAGUGGAAGGAAUUCGAGGAGGAGAAGAAGGACUACAGUGGUCUGAAAAUCGGACACUUGACAGUGAACGACAGUCUUGACGCGGAAUCGGACGACGAGAGGGGCACCGGUGAGAACAGCUCUGACGGUGAGACGGGCGAGGGCGGCACGAAGCACACAGGACCGUGGAAGAAGCCGGAUCUACCUCCGGAAACGCCAGAAGUGACCGCACCGCCGGCGCCUCCCCCGUCCACCACCACCGGGAGCAGCUACAAACCGCCGCAGUUACGGAACUUAAUCACGUUCAUAAAUAGUGGCGCUCCGCGAUCGCGAGGAAGAAACGUCGCGCCGGACAUUCACAGCGAGGAAUACUUCCCCACUCUGAAUUCCAAGCCUCAGCAACAGAAUAACGGCAGCAGUCCAUGGGGUAGACGGAAGCGCGACGAGGGAGCAUUCGAGGAGGUUCGCAAUCGAGGUGGCAGCAGAUCGUACAGCAUGCAAGAUUCGCAGGCCCAAGCACCGAAGCUGUCGUUGGGCAACAAAUAUGGCGCCUUAUCGCAAGAUCAGAGCUGAAAAUACCUAUCACAAUCGAAUCAAACGAUAAACAAUCAACAUAACAUCGUCGCCCCUCUCUGUUUCGUGGCCCAGCCGCGCCGGGAAAAUAUAUUUUCUAGAAUAGAAUCCAACGUGUAUUAUAGUAUGUACAUGUACGUGUAUGCCCCGGUUUUGUAAGAUUCACGGGGAAACGCUAUUCUUGCAACAGAACGACGAAAUAAAAUUAAUCGCGGUUGUGCCCGAUCGAUACGGAUCACCGAUUUAGGUAUUUUGCACGCGCCACAAACGGACUUUGUAAAUUAACUCGAAAACGGAAAUAUCACGCGCAGGCUUAUUUUCAUACCGUAUAGACGCGUACUCGAUGGUAAAAAUCAACUUUUGUAUUUCAUUUUUUAAAUCAGCAAAUAGUGUGUAGUGUGAACGCGUUGCUUCCAGAAGCGUCACGGCCAGCGGGAUUUAUGUGCCGGCGCUCAAAAUACUCGGACGAUUAUCAACACUCGGACGACGUUCGUGUCCGCCAGCAAUGCGCGAUUGUUACGCGAUAUAGUUUAAAAUGGUAUAUAUCGUUCGUUGAAAAAGAAAACAAAGAAGUAUUACGUGAUUCCGCACUUUCUUUCGGUACGGUGCUAUUCUAAUUUUAACGUGCAUACUUACUGCCACGAUUGAUUGCCUUCUCGUUGAGUGUUAUUGGCAUAGAUAAGGAAAAUAUAUGGCGUCCGAACAAUGACUUAAUUGCGAGAUCGGCACGACAACUUCGCGAUAUUGAAAUUCACGUGGUGGUUGAUCUCGACGACUCCACGAGAACUGAAUCACAAAAAACCAAGUCUUGAAAACCCUUGUGGGACGUUACUUGCGAGUCCAUUUUCUCUCUCUUUCUCUUUUCUUUUGCUCUCCUCUUUCCGGAGAGUGUCGCUACGCUCAAAAACGAUAACUUGCAUCAACGAAUGGAAUUUGUAGGUGCAUUAAUAUAAACACAUUACACACACGUAUACACGCAGUAUUUUUUUUAUUAUCGCGUUACUUAUCAAUGAUAUAUUCCUCUACGUCAUUAGAGAAUUUUUUAGUUCCUUUCGACAUUUGGAGCAUUUUUCUUAGUGAAAAUAUAAAUCUAUAUAAUAGUGAAUCUAUUGUCACAAUAUAGCAAGACACCCCAAUAUAUGUGUGUAUACGCGCGCGCAUGUGCGUGUGUAUAUGUGUGUAAUGUGUACAUACAUAUAAUUAUUAAUCGAAUUACGGGAGGCUGGGCUUUGGAACGGUGCGGAAAUAAAAUAGACAAAUCGACAACAAGAACGCGAACGUACACGAAUGAGACUAAUUGAUAGUCACACGGGCACGAGGCAUGCCUUAGGACGAUGUAGCUAAAUGCGACAAGCGAGAGCGUCGCGGUGGUGUUGUACACAAGUAGGAGGGAGAAAGACAUAUAUGAGCAUACACUCGUGUUAAAUAUACAUAAAACAAAAAAAUCUCACGUACGCCUCUGUCAACGGUCGAUAUGGUUCUUUCGUUUAUGUGAGAAUUUCUUUUCGUCGGCAGACAGCACGGCAAAUAGAUAUCGAGUCCGUCGGGAAAACGGUCUCUCCUGUUGUCGGCAGACCCUCCCCGACGAGGAGGAGAGGGAAGAGGUGGAUUGUUUCUCAGAACACGAAGAGGCGGGGAGAGGGAUGCCGUACAGAAAUAGAGGAUAAGCGUACUUGUAUAGCGAGUGAUAAAAUGUGAUUAUUUAUAAAUAAAUUUCCUAGGAUAAUUC